UUAUCCGCAGUUCAAGUCGUGUAACUAUCACCUGCCCAUGGUCAUUUAGCCGGCGAGUGCCGAACCACCCGAACACAAGAAGAGUCCGCCCUGCAGUGCAGCCCUACUCUCCGCCGCCAUGCCCAUCAACCUCCGGGUCAGGUUCGACCGGCCGCAGCCCACGUACUACGCGGGAGAGACGGUGACCGGGCACGUCCUGGUGCACGUCGACGAGCCCACGCCGGUAAGAGCCAUCCGGAUCCACAUCAAGGGAGAGGCCAGAGUGCAAUUUGUCAGCAACCGCCAUGGCUUAAACUUGUUUCGCAUCAAAGCCAAGGGACACAAGAAGCACCUUAACGUCAAAAGUUGCCUUGUCGGGGGUGACUCGGGCGAGGUCAUGCUCAACCCCGGGGAGAAUGAGUACCCCUUCCAGUGUCUCCUGCCGCACACGCUGCCCAGCUCCUUCGUGGGCAAGCACGGCUACAUCAGCUACACGGCCACGGGGGUUUUGCAGCGGCCGAGGGGGUCCGGUCAGAAGGGGGCAAUCGGCUUCUGCGUGGUCGAGCCCGUGGACCUCAACGCGUUACCCAAGUCGACGGAGCCUAUCGAGAUGAAAAACGACAAAUUCUUCUGGUGCUUGUGGAACAAAUCAGGGCCACUUACAAUGCAGCUUAGAGCGCCGAGGGGAGGCUACACUCCUGGGCAGACCAUUCCCUUCCAGAUUCAGGUCGACAACGCAAGCACCUAUGAAGUGCGCAAAGUACGGGUCACUCUGCAACAGUUCGUCAGUUGGUAUGCUGAAUGCGAGAACACAUACAGUGAUGAGAAACUAGUGGAUAUAGAUCUCGUCGACAGUCAGGUGAUCGGCCAAGACUCCAAGGUCUUCUCACAUAUGAUCACCGUCCCACCGACACCACCGUCCUACCAAAACAACAAGUGCGAACUCGUCAAGUGGAAGUACUACCUACGGGUCUGCGCGGUGGUCGGCCGCGGCCACUUCAACCUGAAUAUCAGCGCACCCCUGCUGAUCGGCACCACCCCGGUGGGCUAUCAGGACGGACAAACUGGCAUCCCUCACUCCAACGACUCAGUUCCGAGAGGUUCACCAUGGACGUCGACCGACGAACUUCUCACUAAAUAGUUCCACCACAGACCUCUGGCCCGCGAUGACUUGUUAACGUUUAAAACGAUGAUUUCAUAUAAUAAACAUAACUCUGGAUCACA